GCAACAUUUUCGCAUUAUGUUGACCUCGUGCAACCAUAUUGUCUGAAGAUUGUGAGCCGCUUGUAACAUUUGCGACCAUCUUGCAAUACAUACUCAGGCACCAGCAGCGGCUCGGGCCGUGGACUCGAAAAUUUGCUUGCAGCAGUGAAAGUUAUCUCAUCAAGCCUUUCAACCGUGACUACCAUUCUGUAUUUACUUCCAGCAGGCGAUCAGCACCAUCAACUUACCCAAGCCAUUGACUUCGGACGUCAUGCCUCCUCAGCGCCGCGCACCCAUUGAAUACGACUGUGAUGCAUGUGGAGCUCAUAAUGUUGAUGCUAUUCGUUUGACGAGGCAUCGAAACCAGUGCCAAGCAGUGCGCACCAGGGCCCGCCGUGCCUACGAGAAGAGCCUACAGCUUCACAAAAAGCGUCUGGCGGCAAAAGCGCGUGCAAAGGCGGAGAAAUUAGCCUCUGUCACUGCGGCAUCGCAUCCAAAUCCAACCACUCAAACACUUACAGGCCGCACUACCAGUGGCAAUCAUAGCUAUUGCAGGGACUUGGCGGAUUCAGGCGAAAGUUCUUCAAAGACUCAAAGGGCCCUUUCGCUCCGAGUCAUCCGGUCCCUGAGCCUCUACCAUAAUGCGAUUCUGCACGUGUCACGUACUUGGAAUUCACGACGCUCACAAUGUGAUUGGAAGAUACGGUUUGAAGCAGGUCAUAUUGCAUGCCUACCUAGAUCCUUUCGAGAGUUGUUGAAAGUGAAAGUUGGAGUAGGGAGCUGCAUGGUAUUAUGCAUGAUCUAGUCCAUCUAUAUCACACCCACAGUGUGAGGCGCACUGUGGACUGAUCUGCACGCUCCCU